AUGUCGCACGGUCUGUGCGCCUGCCUCCUCCCUCUGCCCGUACGCCCGCACUCUCAAGCCAUUCCCCCAGCGCCGAAUCUCUGGGAUUUGCGCCCGCUGACCCCGCCAACUGCGUUGCGCAGGCGGGAUCUGGGGGUUCUCUGCGGAGAUUCCGCUGGUCUGCCGUUUUCGGGGGAAGAUUCCGGCGGAGCGGGGCUUUUGGCAGCCCGCGGGGCGUUCUUGCGCGGAGGCGGUGCGUGGAGAGGGCCCGCCCCCGCGCGGUCGCUGGGCGCGCGGGGGAGCGGGGGGAUGCACGGGGGGAUGCGCAGGAGGAAACGACGAGUGUGGAACCGGCGCGGGGAGGAGGAGGAGGCGGAGAGCGGGAGUGGCGGAGGGGAAGGCGCUAGGGAUGCAGAUGAGUUGGGCGGGGUGUACUUGCGGAGAGGCGCGCGAGGGGGGAAGGAAGGGGGAGUGAGAGAGACAGGGAGUGGAGGAAGAGAAAGAGAUAGAGGAGCGGAAGGGGAGAGGGCCGGAGUGGGAGAUGAGGGAGGAGGGAGGGAUGGAAAAGAGAGCGAGAAGGAGAGGAGGGAUAGGAAAGAGGAAGGCACAAGUAAAAUGAGGAAUGGGGUUGUGGAGCUGAGGGGGGCUUGGAACGCGAAAGGGGAGAGACGGAAUGGAAUGGUGGGAGGGGGGAAGCAAAGGGAGAGAGUGGGAGAAAAAGAGGAGGAGGGAUUGAGAGUAGGAAAUGGGGAGGAAAGAUUUGCUCGAGGGGUGAGAGGGGUGAGAGGGGUAAAAAGGACAUCGGGAACAAGGGAGGAAGCAGAGGGAGUGAGAGGGGUGGCUGGGAGGAAUGUGGAGGGUGGGGCAGGGGAGGCUGUGAGUGCAGUGGCAGGCACCGUUGUUGAUGCUGUGAGGGGCGUUACUGGUUCAGUCAAGGAUGUAACAGAAAAGGUGAAGGAAGUGACGGAUUCGGUGACAGAAUCCGUCAGGGAUACAGUGUCGGACACAACUGAGACAGUGAAGGAUGUGAAAAGCACAGUGAUGGACGUAAUGGAUAGCGUGGAGGAGACUAUAAAGGGUAUGGUGCGGGACGUGAAAGAAACAGUGAUAGAGACAGUAGAGGACACUGUUAAGGAGGUAGCAAACAGAGCGACAAAGGGAAAGGAGGAGGAAGGGGAAGUGGAGGAGGAGGAGGAUAUGAGCCCCAUGCGGAUCCUUCUAGGAGCGAGUGAGGAGAGAGGGAGAAAGGCACAAUCCCAACUAGGAAUAAUCCAGCACCGUCCCUCCAUAGUCUCUCUCCUCUACAACCUCUACUCCCACAUGCUCAAACAGCCGCCUCUUGUCUUCUCUCUUGCUGUCUGCUCCGCCCCGCUCAUCCUCUCCCUCCUCUUCACCCUCCUCUACCUCCCGGACCUAGACGGUUUGGUGGUGGAGGACACGCUCCUAGCCUACCUCCAAACCUCUGUCGCAGCUUCGGCAGCCAGCGCGCUGGAGGACGAGUCUUUCUUUGCAGGUCCGGCCAUGGCUAUGGCUCGGGGUAUGGGAUCCGCUGUGGAGUCAGCGGGAGCAGCAGCAGCGGCAGCAGCAGAAGCAGGUUCGUCUGCACUUACAACACUCGGAGCAGCAGCAGCAGAAGCAGCAGGGUCGUCCGGAGCAGCAGCAACAGCAGAGGGAGCAAGAGCAGCAGGAGCAGCAGCAGGAGGAGGGGGAGGAGGAGGAGCAGUUGUUACAGGGCUGGCAAGCACAGGAGCAUUCAGAGCUCCAGCCACAGCAGCAGCAGCAGCCGCAGCAGCAAAGGAAGCAGCAUCGGGCGGCCUAUUCAACGUCGUUGACGGCUCUCAAACCCUUGGCGACGCCGUCCGUGCUCUCGAGCAAUCCAACAUCUUCCGCCUGGGACCUGCAGGGAUCAUCUCAGGGGGGUGCGCGUGGGGGAUUUUCCAAGUGCUCAUGUUCUCCCUCUCGCUCUCCACAGGGCUAGAACCGGCGCUAGCACCGGCGUCGCCAUAUGCGCUGGUGGUUGCGAAUGUGAAUGCUCUAGUGGCGCAGCUGCUGUUUGUGUUUCUUAGUGGAGCGGUUUUCGCGAGGCUCACCCAGCCAGUGGAUCCGAUUUUGUGCUCGAAAAUCGCCUGCAUCACCCCUCCGUUACAGCAGCCACAGCAGGGUGUAAACGUGCUUGGAGGUGCAGCUGGGGGAUCGGGGGGGUCCCCGCCAGUUCGCUACCCUCCUGCUGCCCGUUCACUCUCCCGCAGCAUCAGCAGCGCCAACUUCGGAGGCAGCGCAGCCUUCGCCGCCUCAAGUAGUUUCCCAGCCGCUGCUGGUACUGCAGUGGCAGGAGGAGGAGGAGCAGAAGGAGGCGGGUUUGGCACGGGUGGUGGUGGGAUGGAGGGCGGGAGGGGGUGUGAGCGCAUGCUGCUGGUGCGGUAUGUGCUGGCGGGGGCACAGCCGUGUGAGCUGGUGGAUGUGAAGGUGGAGCUCACUCUCAAGCACAACACCCUCUCCUGUACUGGAAGGUUCUUCCGGCAAGUCGACCACCUAAAGCUGGUGCGGUCAGAGGACUCAUACCAGCGGUACGGCAUGACAGUUCGGCACCUGAUUGACGAGUCCAGUCCGUUGUAUGGCCGGUCUCGGGAUGACCUCUGCCUCGUCAACGCACAGCUCAGCCUCGCUGUCAUUGGCAUGGAGCGCGCGUCCAUGCAGCCAGUGUUCCACGUGGAGGACUACUUUGUAGCAGACGAAGACGUCAUAUGGAAUGCAGAUUUUGAGGAUAUGGUGUACCGCGAUGACAAGAAUAGACUUCUAGUAGACCACAGGAAGAUCAGCAACUGGGUAGGGAUUGAACUGUGA